AUGGCCAUCUCCUCAUCCACCACCGUGGGCGGCGCGGCCGCGGCGCCGCGCCGGCGCACCAGGUCGACGUCGACUGUGCUCCUUAUGGCGAACUACGCGGCCCUGCUGGUAGGCUCGGUGGCGUCGAGCCUGCUCUCCCGGUUCUACUUCGAGCACGGCGGGCAGAACAAGUGGGUGGUGACGCUGGUGCAGUCGGCGGGGUUCCCGACGCUGGUGGCCGCCGUCUUCCUCGCCGGCCGCCCCGCCGCCGCGCCCCGCCCGUUUCUGUGGUUCUCGCGACGGUUCCUGUCCGUCUGCCUCAUCAUCGGCGCGCUCAUGGGCGUCAACAACCUGCUCUUCUCCUACAGCUCCUCGCUGCUCCCCGUGUCCACCUCGUCGCUGCUGCUCUCCACGCAGCUCGCCUUCACGCUCGUCCUCGCCGUCGCCAUCGUCCGCCACCCGAUCACCUUCGUCAACCUCAACGCCGUCGUGCUCAUGACGCUCUGCUCGGUGCUCCUUGGGCUCCGCUCCGGCGACACCGGCGAGAGCCCGGACAGGAAGGGGUACAUCCUCGGCUUCGUCGUCACGCUCUCCGCGGCGGGGCUCUUCUCCGCGUACCUGCCCGUCAUGGAGCUCCUGUACCGGGAGGCGGUCUCCGGUGGGUUCAUCCUGGCGGUGGAGGUGCAGGCGGUGAUGCAGGCCAUGGCAUCCGUUGUGGCGGCGGUCGGGCUCGCGGCCUCGGGCGGCAUGCGCGACGAGGUGGCGCGCUGGAAGGGGUCCCACGCCGUGUACUGGCUCGUGGUGGCGACGCUGCUGGUGACGUGGCAGGCAUGCUUCAUGGGCACCGCAGGCGUGAUCUACCUCACGUCGUCGCUCCACAGCGGCGUCUGCAUGGCGGCGGUGCUCACGAUCAACGUGAUCGGCGGCGUCGUCGUGUUCGGCGACCCCUUCGGCGCCGAGAAGGCCAUCGCCACCGUGCUCUGCAUCUGGGGCCUCUCCUCGUACCUCUACGGCGAGUACACCAAGAGCAAGAAGAAGGCCGCCGACGAUGAUGAUCAGGACAAAGACGACGACGCCCUCGCCGGGGACAAUGACGACGCGCUCAAGAGCCUCACCGCCGGCGGAGACGAGGCCACCGAAACCGUUUGA